AUGGAGCAAACAGACUGCAAACCUUACCAGCCUCUGUCAAAAGUCAAGCAUGAAAUGGAUCUAGCUUAUACCAGUUCUUCCGAUGAAAGUGAAGAUGGAAGAAAACCAAGACAGGCAUACAACUCCAGGGAGACUCUGCAUGAGUAUAACCAAGAGCUGAGGAUGACUUACAAUAGCCAGAGUAGAAAGAGGAAAGAAGCAGAGAAAUCUACUCAAGAAAUGGAAUUCUGUGAAACCCCUCACACUCUGUGCUCUGGCUACCAGACGGACAUGCACAGCAUCUCUCAGCACGGCUACCAGUUGGAGAUGGGAUCUGAUGUGGACACAGAGACAGAAGGUGCUGCCUCACCUGACCAUGCACUGAGAAUGUGGAUAAGGGGAAUGAAAUCAGAACAUAGUUCCUGUUUGUCCAGCCGGGCCAACUCUGCAUUGUCCUUGACCGACACUGACCAUGAAAGAAAGUCUGAUGGGGAAAAUGGUUUUAAAUUCUCUCCUGUUUGUUGUGACAUGGAGGCUCAAGCUGGGUCUACUCAAGAUGUGCAGAGCAGCCCACACAACCAGUUCACCUUCAGACCCCUCCCGCCACCACCACCGCCUCCGCAUGCCUGCACCUGUGCCAGGAAGCCACCCCCUGCAGCGGAUUCUCUUCAGAGGAGAUCAAUGACUACCCGCAGCCAGCCCAGCCCAGCUGCUCCAGCUCCCCCGACCAGUACACAGGAUUCAGUUCAUCUGCAUAACAGCUGGGUUUUGAAUAGCAAUAUACCAUUGGAGACCAG